UGGGCGGUGGUGUUGUGGGGGGUAAGUGCAAACUUGCAGCAUGGCGGAUGAUGGAGAAGGUAAGAGUGAAGCAGCAGACAGCAGCAGCGGCGGAUCGGUGACCUCAGAGGAGCCAGAUCUGGGGUUUGGUGUCGUCGGGAUGCUGGUGAAUGUCAGCGUUUUACUGCUGGUGGUGGCUGUCUGCUAUGGUAUAUACAGGCGGUGGGGAAAGCGGGUCGGCUUGAUUGCGGCCCAAGGGAAGGAGGCCUCGACUCUACCCAAGAUGAAGAGGCGAGAUUUCAGUCUCGAGCAAUUGAGGGAGUACGAUGGAGUUCAGAACCCCCGAAUUUUAAUGGCAGUUAAUAUGAAGGUCUUCGAUGUCACCAGCGGCAAGAGGUUUUAUGGUCAAGAUGGCCCCUAUGGAAUCUUCGCUGGAAGAGAUGGGUCUAGGGGCUUGGCAACCUUCUGCCUUGAUAAAGAUGCACUACGAGAUGAAUACGAUGACCUGUCUGAUUUAAACGCUGUACAGAUGGAGAGUGUAAGGGAAUGGGAGAUGCAGUUUUUGGAAAAAUACGACUAUGUUGGCCGGCUUCUGAAACCAGGGGACGAGCCCUCGGAAUACACAGAUGAGGAGGACGUCAAGGAUCACAUGAAACACGACUGAACUGUUCAAUCAAACCAAAGCCAGGGCCCUCAAGGGCUGCAGACCGUGUGUUCCUCCUGCCACAGGAUCACAGGCAGCCCAGGCUCUGUCCUGUAGUGGCAGAGGAUUCAAAACAUAUUGGACAAAGAAAAAAACAUGAUGUACACACCUGUGGGAGUUUUAAUGAUUUGGGCUGCCAACAAAAUAUAUAUGUAUUUUUUUCCUGUUCAGUUGUCACUAUUAUGUCAGGCAAAGGGUUAUUGUUUUUUUAUGUGGGAAUCUGGGAAGGGCUUCCCCCCACCCCCCCUCAUUACAUGUUCACAACCAGUCAGCUAUUGCUCUUGUUUAGUAAGCUUCUAAAGUGUAUUGAUCUUGAUUUAAAAAUAAUUAAAGAGCUUAGGAGGUUUUUUUUUAAAUAGAGAAUUCUCUGUUUGCAUUAGCAGUCUGUUCCAUGCCAUUGAUUCCAUUUGUACUGUUUUGCACUACUGUAUUUUCAGUUUUUCACCGUGUGAUUGUACUGCAGAGUUUGGUGGUCCAUUGAACUACGCUGAAUCACAAAGCUGAAUCACAAAGCUGAAUCUCGGAUUGAAAAGGGAAAGUCACUGGGCGGGCUUCAUUUUAGAAGGGUAUCAAGUUAGUUGCCAGUGAAGUUUCACCACCUAUGUUUACAUGCCACUGUAAGUCUGUAUUCCCCCAAAAUGGUCAAUAUGAAUUGUGCCUUAUUUCAGUUGUUUUAUACUUGAACUGAAUUAAAAGAAGACCCCAUUUAUCUUUAUCUUGCAGUGGAGAACAGCCACUUCCUUGUAAUACCCUCAGACUAAAGGCAUGCUCUUGUCAGCCUGAAGCGCUAAGCCGACUGGAAAUCCUUUCCUGUCACAAGCAUGUAUAUAGACUGCAAAGUAUACUCAGUGUUACUGCCAUAUUCAUGUUAAUGGAAAUCAUAUACUACUGUGUGUUGGCCAAAUGCCCCAUGCUUUAUGAUUGUUGUUGUUGUUAUAAUAUGUAUUUUUUGCUGACGCUAUUUUUAAGUGUGGGUAGGGAUGAAAAAACAAAACUACGAUUCAUGUCUGUGAUGGGUAGGUGAAACUCGGGAGGGAAACUGGCUGAUUCUGUAAAUAUUACAACAUUUCCUUAAAGCAUGUUGAAAGUAUGCUAUUCUGAGUUCAGGUUUGAUGUAGAACGUGUGACAGCAGACAGGCAUGUUCUUGCAUAAUAAAUAAUUUGGUUAUUAA